ACACAAAUCUCUUUAGCAUUGACAAUAUACUGGUACAACAGUGCAAAAUGUCAAUAUUAAGGUUUGUAUAUAUACUGUAUAUGCUGUAUCAUGUAUAUCCUGUUUUAUCUUUUAAAAAAUAAUAUUCUUAAUCCCUGGUUUUGCUAUCUUUUUUUAGUGCAGUAAACACCUAGUUUAACUCAAUGUAAAGUGCUGCUCUUUGUCAGAACAUCAUGUAUAUCAUUGACGUUAAAGGUUAUGUUAUGCAUAAGAUAUUAUGGGAGACUGAUUACUAACCUGAUUACUUUUGUUUCAUACCAACUUUAUUUAGGUGAACUUUGACGUUUUUUGAAUUAACUCUGUGAAAAACUAUAAUGCAAUAGAAUAAGCACACUGCUUUACACCUAAUGACCAGUUGAAAGACUCACUGCCAGCUUGAAAUAGCAACACUGUGAUAAAACUUAUUAGAUGCACAAGUUACAGAACAUUUGGUUGGUCUUGCUAUAUAAAAUAUAUCUGAACAUUUUUGGCUCUAUCUGUUUAGGUAUAUGGUUUCAAAAGAAAAACUACACAAAUAAUUUAUAGAUUUAUAAUGGCUAUGUAAGUGUAUGUCAGAUCUAUUGGUUGUCCACAGUAGAGUAGUAACAGUAAUUGUGGCCAAACACCUUUUUCUGGUUUGUUUUGUUUCAUUUAUUAUUUAUAUAUAAAAAAAACAACAACUCCUGCACCUUUCUAAUGGCCCGAGGAAGUCCAUGUCAGUUCUUCCGAAGGGGGCCUUGAUUAAUGGAAGAUGGCACAAUGGUCACGUUUGGGAGGGCUGGCGAAUUGAACAGCUGACAUUUGUGACAUGCUGCACACCACCGAUGAACAUCUCAGCGAAUGCCUGGCCAAUGGAAACGGGCAUGGAAGAGAGGUUCCCUACGGCAAUAACAUCUAUGUCGUCUCUUCCUUAGUUUGAGUGUCACUCGAUAUAUCCUAUCCUUAACAAUUGAAAAAUGUCGGUGGAAGAGUGCAACAUUAGGCUGAAUUUACUGACCAUCGAUUACUUGGUCAAAGGCGUUGCCUCAGGGACUCGUCACGCGACUGUUCCGAGGGGAAAUCCCUGAGGGAAAUCCCUGCAAAUCCCUAACCACCCUCCGUUUCCACUUUAUGCUUUUGCCCCGCAAUUUAAUAUAGACUGGCACCAGCGGAUAUUUGUGGACAUCCCCGUUCCCAUUCCUCUGACCUUCACCAAUCAUGCAUUCCCCAAUGCCCCACAUUGAAUCAUGCUUUGAUGGACGGUGGUCUGGUUACACCCCGAGUUCACCAAGGCCUGAUGUUAACUCCCUAGUAUACGCACUGACAUGGCUUAUGUUCCUGCUUGAUCGGGAGAGGCCUGUGGUGCUUCAGAGAUCUGGAUCAUUAUUAUGAAGGAACACUGAUCCUGGAAAUGCCCGGCCUCCCCACCGCUCCUGCAAACCUGCUGGGGUUUUGCCUUGGUCCGGUGGGCGCAGAAGGUUCUACAUGUGUAGAGAGCCAAGAAGUUAAAGGAGACAUCAGAGGCAUUGUUUUGGUUCCGGCACCGGUAAAUGUUGAUGUCUUGUCUAACAAUUUCAUCCACAUCUUGCGGUGGAGUCCAGGAAAUGGGACACAACCUGGUACAGUCUACAAUGUGAAUGUUAGUAAUAAUCGGGCACGUAGCAUCAGUGGUACAUCUUUUGACAUCUCUGAAUACAUGAAAGACAUAUACCGACGACACACGAUCGAGCUUUGGGCAUCAUUUGGCAACAGUUCAUCGUCCAUAGUCAACACUCAUUUUGAGCCGUACACUAGCACCACUAUUGGGCCUCCCGAGUUAACUCUGUCUGGCUGUGGUGACUGCCUGAAUAUCAGCAUUGAUCUACCAACUCGCCAAGGUGCCUAUGACAACUUUUACAAGGCAAUAAACUUUGACAUACGCUGGAGCAAAGUCACAGAUGAAAAGGAUGAUUGCCAUGAACCAUUUACCAAUUACCAGAGUAUACAUUCCCUGCCAUACUCGUAUGUUCUGCGAUAUCUUCAGCUGGGUGAGCGCUACUGUGUGCAAGUCCAGCCAGUGAUCAUGUCCAUUCCCAAACAUAAACUACUGAGCUCCUGCUCCUGUGAAUUCACCAGUCGAAUAGAGCCCAGGGGGGUAGCGUUCUUGGCUGGUUGGGUUAUCGGCUCUGUACUGGUGGGAUUGUGUUUGCUGAGUCUCAUAUUCAGCCUCAUCUACACUGGCUUUCUGUGCAAGUCGAAUGUCAGACUUCCCAAAGCAUUGAUUGUUUAUGGUCCUAGCUACUUCCUUUCCCCAGAGGAGACAUGUAUAUCAGUAGCUGAAGUCGAGUAUGGCAUACAAAUACACAAGCCCAAAGAUCAUCAGCACAAGAAAAAAGAAAAAGGAAAUGGUCUCUAUAAGCAGAACAAUGAUGAUGUAGACGAGGAUGAGGAUGAGGAUGAAGAGAACCACCAUGGCUACAUGGACCGAGCAGUUCACAGUGAGUCAGAGAGCACUGGCAGCAGGAGAUCAGUAUCCAUUUGUGAAGUUGCAGAGAAUCUGGGAGGAUGUAGCUUUGAGGACACACCUACAGAUACCAAAGAAACUUUAUUGCUCUCUCCGCUUCAGUACGACGGGGUCAAAGGUUACAACCAAGCAGCUUCACUUGAUCCAGUUACGAAAAACAUAAAUCCUUCUAAUGCAAGAAAAGGGAAAAAAUUAAGAGGACAAAUAAAGGAAGAAGAAGAAGAAGAUGAUGAUGAUGAUUCUGGGAAUGUUAACCUGUGGUCAGUGGUAUUGAAAUCCAUGCAGCCGGAGGAAGAGGAGGCCAAUGAACCGAGUGAAGCCAAAGAGCCUCUGUUACCUUUAUUACUGAAAGAAUUACAUGAAGAUUCGCUCACUGCAGCAAAGCCACAGACAGGAAGUUCUUCAGAACUUCACACAUCUCUUUUGUUACAUACACAGACAGAAUUACAGACCAGUCAAGAAGAUGAAAAUGACAUUUCUGAUGCAAGUGUGUGUGACCACACGCGAACAGGAUACAUGGCCUCACACACAGGCACCAUAGACACACAAAACUAUUCAUCUGAUGAUGAAGAGGAGGAUUAUGCAUCAAGCUACAUGAGCAGAUGAAAAUGUGAAGUGUUUUAUCAUUAAUGUGGACUGUUUUGUGCUUUCAAGGCAGCAUUUAUGCGUAUUUUACCAAAUAAUGUGUUGGGCUCUGUCAGCAUGUUGAGCAUGCUGUCCUCUGGUUUACAGCUUAAAUUACUGAAGUGAUUUAUUUUUCUCUUGAUUCUCUUGUCAGGAUUUCCAUGUUUUUAAUAUAAUGCUCGGUAGAGCAAGAGUAUAUGGUCUUAGGUUAGUGCCUCAGUUUUAAAUAGCUUUUAAGCUCCCAGGAUCCAGAAUGACAUUCCUCACACUCAUAAAAACACACCUUUCGUUUCACUGUAUUUACAGAACAAUAUGCUUUUAAGGGGGGAUUUUAAAAAGUGUAGGCCCAUAAUACAAAUAUAGAUGAUCUAAAACAGGCUGAAAACAGCUGCAUGACCUGGCAGUACUGGCAGCUAAUCGUAUGUGCUUAUGCCAUGUAACUCAGGCAAAAUAUGCAGCUGGUCACUUGACCCUCAGAGGGGCUGUGAUUUUUAAAUUACUAAUUGAUUUAUAUUUUGGGAAAUAGUAUGAACUACGUAUGAACUUUAAAAAACAGACUGGUGCACACACGUCUAAGUCAAGUAAGCUUCAUGAUGCGUGUAAGGUCCUGGUUUAUUCAGUAGGUGUGGUUAUGGAUCAGAUGUUCCAUUUUGCAAUUGUAGUUUAUGAAAUAAGCCUUAUUUUAGGACCUGUAUGCACCUGAAAAGGCAGGAAUAUAAACAGUUGCACAGAAAGAGGUAGACAUUUUUUGCACUUUAUUUAAGUUCUAUUUAAAUGUUUGUGUUUGCUACCUCUUUCUUAAGAUCGUGAUAAUUACAUAAUUACAAAAUAAAAACCAACACAGUAGGAUUUUGCUGAUAUGGUUAUCUAAAACUAAAACACCCGGUACAUGAAGUAAGGCAACAAAUAGCUAUAAUUUAAGAUCACACUGGUAGGUGAUUCUCUCUCUCUCUCACUCACGCACGCACGUACGCUUGCCUGUCAGUACAGAACUGUGAACUAGAGCCUACAAGAUCUGCCCAAAUCUGACAUGACAGGAUCAGACAAUAUGCAAACAAAUGAGACUAAAUUAUUCCUUUUAAAUGUGUUUUUUUAAUUUUUAAUUCAGAAUCACAGUGUGACAGCUGUUUACCAUGUAAAUAACAGUUUAUUCUCAGGUAGUUUGUGUGUCAGACUUUUUUGGCUGAUAGAAAAUUGUUCUGCUUUUGCACUUUUGGCUCCAGGUCUGAAUUGAAGCUCAGUAAUAUUUUGGAUGUCCUGUAUAGUAUAAACUACCCAUAAACCAUAUUUCCCGUAACAGCUAAUCCAGGAAGCUGGACUCACUAUGGACCUUCAUUUCAUGACUGUUUGACUGAAGUAAAUAGGACAUUGAUAUAAAUAUUUUCAUUCUGUUUGUGAAUUGAUGCUGAGCUGAAUCUGGUUGCCUAUAAAUGUCUUUCAUAAAUGAGAUGCCUGAAAGAGUAGCACAGUUUGCUUACUGAAUUCAAACCAACAUUGUGUCCAAAAAUGUCUCAAGACAUGGUUUAGUUUAGUUUAUUAGUUAUGGUCUUAAAAGAAAUAACAAAUAAUAAAUGUACUAUUAAAAUUAAACAUAGAGCAGGGUCAAAUGAUGCCAUGUACUGUGUAACUGUGUAAGUUUUAUUUUGUUUUCUCUUUACGCACCUCAACCGUGUGUCAGCAAAUAAAAAAUAGAAUACUAA